AUGGAAACAAAAGAUAAAAAAAAAGAUAUGGAAUUAUUAGGAGACCGUAUGAAAUCAUAUGAAGAUGAUAUGAAAAUUCAAAUUGAAAAGAAUAAACCAUUCAUUAUUAGAUUAGAUGGUCAUUCAUUCUCAAAAUUUACCAAAAACUUUAAUAAACCUCACGAUAUUAGAAUUCAUAAUGCAAUGAUUGAAACGUCAACAGUGUUAUUAAAGACAUUCAUGCCAACUUGUAUUUACACAUUCAGUGACGAGAUUACCAUGUGUUUUCCAUCAAUUGAUGAAUCAACCUUGGAAGAAGGUAAAGAAAUCCCAAAUUUAGCAUACUCUGGUAAAGUUCAAAAAUUGAUUUCUCUCUCAUCUGGUUUAGCAUCCACCGUAUUCUUUAAAUCAAUUACCAAUGCACAAUAUGAUAAAGAUACCGAAUUGAAUUUAAUCAAAUUAUUAGAGACUUGCACACCACAUUUUGAUGCACGUAUUUUUACAUUACCUUCAAAUCAAGAGAUUGUAAACAAUUUAAUUUGGAGAAGUUUAGUAGACUGUAAAAGAAAUUCUGUUGCAAAUUUAGGUUUUGCACAUUUUACACCAAAACAAAUGUUAGGUUUGAAUAAUACUGAAGUUAAAAAGAAAUUAUUAGAAGAGAAAUCAAUCAUUUAUGAAAAUGAACCAGCAUGGUAUCGUUUUGGUACUUAUCUUAAAAAGGAGUAUUAUACAUUAACAACCGUUUCACCAAAUGAACCUGAAAAACAAAUCACUGCUAUUAGAUCAAAAGUUAAUUGUUUCUCUUUUGAUAUUACAAAGCUUUCAAAUUCUUUAAAUUUCAUUUCUUUUAAAACUUUACCAGAAGGUUUUAAUUUAGAAUUAAUUGAAAGUAAAUAA